AUGCAAGAACCCCAAGCCCCCGAACCCGAUAGCCGGCGUUCGACCAUCGACACUUCCCGCCCUUUUCGCUCGGUGAAGGAGGCCGUGGCCAUCUUCGGGGAGCGUUUUUUGGCGGGAGAAAUUAUAAUCAACCCUAAACCCUUCACACUCCCACAAAAGGAGGCCCCAAUCUUCUCCCCAAGCCCAAUAACCAAUAAAAGCCCAAUGUGGGCCCACACGGCUUCCCCAAGCCCAAUAUUGCUCGAGGAGGCCGUUAGGAAGCUUGAGGUGGAGCUCGAGGAGGCAAAAAAGGAGCUGAAGGUGCUCAAGGAGAGAGAGUCGGAGAACGAGGUGGCGUUGGCCGAGGUGCGGAGGAACGUGUCCAAGCUGGCGGGGGCUGACGUGGCGCCUGCUGACGUGGCGGGUACAUCGAAAAAGUUGGCUCAAAUUCUGAGUAUUGGGGAGGAUGAGGGUUUGUUUGUGGGGAGGAAAAAGGAGAGGAAAGUGAGGAAAAAGAAGCCCAUUGUGCCUCUUGUUGGGGACUUGUUUGGGAGAAAGAAGGGAGCUUCUAGUAAUACUCAUCUCUAUGCAUCUUCACACCUGCAGUGGAGUAUUUGA